UAUUAUUGUAAUAUAUGCACAUAUACCCUUAUAAACUAUAUUUCUUCAGACUUAUUCCAUGAGAUGACUACAAUAUUUGUAUAUAAUAUUCCAAAAAUCGGAUAUUUUAUAAUUUAUGGUUAAUUUACUUCCUGUAGCCUCCAGGAUUCUUUCAGCUCCUACUCUGAAACGCCUCAGUAAUUUAUCGUGCCUUGAACUAAGGAAGGAAAUCCAGGAGGCUUCCAGGAAGAAUCUCAGAAUGAACGUUAUUUGGAACCAAUUUAUGUAUGAAGUAUGUGAAAGGACCACUAAAUAUACUGAUUCACCAGAUUUUAAAGAUAAAACUGCUGUUGAUAAGGUUGACAAAUUCACACCAACUGAUAUAUCACUAAUUUUCUCCUCAUUUUCUCUAGUGAGAAGAAAUAAUAAACAGUUUUACGACUUUCUAUUACAGUCAGUUCUUCGCGAUGUUGCCAACUACACAGUAAGGGAUAUAGCAGUUUUGUACAAUAGUCUUGUGAAGCUUACCACUUUUAACGAGUUUGUAUUUGAUAGUCUAAACAAAGUAUUGAUAGAGAAAUUGACAAACAAGAUCUCUGAGAAGGAUGUAUCACUUCUUUUAAAUAGCUUAUUGGAGCUUAGAAUUUGUAACCUGAAGGAGAUAUUUGUUAAAUGCUCUCUCAUUUUAUCAAGUAGAAUUAAGUACAUCGAAAACCCUCACACACUAACCCUUUUACUUUAUUCAUAUUCCCGAUUAAUAAUUCUAAAGGAUAGGGAUCAACCUAAUAGGGUAAAAAAAUUAAGCUCACCUUUGGAACCUAAAUUAACUCCCAUUAUCGCAAAUGAUUACGAACAAAUCAUACUAUCGGACGUUAUCAUAACCCUCUUGUCAAAAUGCUCUGAUGUGCUAUUGAAAAUGAACCCUACUGACUUGUUAUAUUUAUAUCGCUCUUAUCUAAACCUGCUAUUCAAUUCUGUAUGCACUGGUGACACUAGUGAGUUUAGUACAGAAGACAUUUUUUCAAACGAAGAUAAUGUAAAUGGCAGAAUAUAUAAUAACAUCCUAAAGUUUUAUAAGCUGAACAACCAAAUAUUACAAAAUAAGUUAUCAUUUCAAACACGUGAACUACUAAUCCUAUAUCACGUGUUACACACUACAACCAAACAGAUGAAUGAAGAAAGCAACCUUAUUAGUUUCGUAACUUAUGAAGAGAUGGAUAAUUUAAAGAACGUAAUUAAGGAGGAAUUAGUUUACAGAAUAAAACAAAUGUCAAUUAUUGACUCUAUUAACUUUAUUAAGCUUUUGGAUCGUUCAGAUGAUAGUCUUGAGUUAGUGUUUAGAAGAUUAUGUGACAAGUUGAGCAGAGAACACCAGUGGGAGACCUACACACUUUCACAAUUAUUAUCGGUUCUGGAAAAGAUAAAGGAGAGGAAUUGUGUAAGUGAGGAUGCAAGGAAUCUAGUGGCAGUUUUAAUUUCAAAAACACCAAGAAUAAUGAAACUAAGCGACCUUGCACUAAUCGCAGCGGUAUCAACUCUUUUCGGCAUUAAAUCAACAGCUUUGGAAAGAAGACUGUCAACAAUAGAGUGUAGAUGUGAAAAUCUAACUGAAAACCAGAUUUAUACCUUUUUUCACUCAUAUGUAUCAUUAGGAUUCCUACAGUUUAUAGAUCCCAUACUUGAACACCUGUAUCAAGUUAAGGAUGAAAAUGACUCAGCGGAUUUGCUUCUGGAUGUUUCAAUACUAAAAUUCUUAUCGCUAAAGAAUAUAGAUGAAGGUAUUAUAGAACAUUUAAAAAACAAUGCGAAGAAUAUUGAUCUGUCGUACAUAAACAUGUUAUUAACUGGUUCACCCUCUGAAAAUAUCGAUAUAUUUGGAACACAUGAGUUAAAUUAUGUAAAUAACCUUAAGAGAAUUAGUUUUAAGGAUGUAUAUAAGGAAUUUUCAAGUGAUUUUGAGGAGUUUCUGGCAAAACAUGACCCAAUUGUUAAACUAGGCAAAAAUACUUUAGUAAAUAAUUUAAAGUUGCCAAUAUCGGUUGAAAUUAAUAAUAGGCGCAUGGCAAUAGUGUUACUAUUCGACGACUUUUAUAAAACAAGUAAAAAAAUGUUAAAACUACACAAAUACGCACAACUUAGGAUGUUGAAGCAUUUGGGAGUAGGCUACGUGUGCUUUGAUUUAAUUCACUAUUACACAAAUGAAAAUAAACCGAAUUUAUUGGCUAAUUUGCUAAAAAAUUUAUAUAAUGAAGCCACUAGUGUGGAAAAGGUAAAGGAGCACUCUCAGCCAGAUUCCAUGGAUAAAGUUGGUGUAAACGUUAUAAUAAAGAGGGAAAAUUUAAAGAAAUUGGAUAAUUUCAGCAGAUUUAAAUUAAUGGUAGCAAAUUGUUAA